AGGUUUGGAAAGCGAGAGUAAGUGGUUAUGAAGGAUGUGUAAAGCAUUUCAAGACAAUUGAUGAUGAGAACAGCAAUGAAUUUUCCAAAUAUGUUAGUCUGUUAAAGAAAUUUGUUGUGGAUAGCAAUGCAGUCGCACAAGAGAAAGGUCUCGAUGCUGUCUUGACAUUUGUGGAAUGUGCUUCACCAACAAUUUCUGGCAGGUAUUAAUUAAUUCUCUUACAAACUUUGUAAUAUCCAAUCUGGAUACAAGUCAUUCACAGUUUGGUGUCCAAAACAAAAUUUUAGUAUCCUCAAAUGUGGAUAUCAGGAUACUGCAAAUUUCAAACCCUGAUAAAAUAAAUUCUAUUUAGAGGCCACCUCUUAUUAGCGACUGUGCCCACCUCAAGUAGUCCCAAUCGGUUUCGGUUUUUUCUUUUGCAUUUUGUCUCUAUUAAAUGGUCGUAUACACUCAUCUUAACUUCAAUGCCUCAUGCAAACAUGAACAAACACUAAACUUUAAACAAAUAUUGAGAUCAGAUUGUUUUACUUUGCCAUUGAAAUAUGUCUUACUAGUAGUAUGUUCAGUACAACAAGAGUGCUACUUCAUGUCAAAUCUCUUCUUAUACCUUGUUUGCUGUUUGCCUUAAAUCAUUAUCACAAGCUUUACAGUCGUGCCAAUAGAAGCGUUCCGAAAAAUGUUGAUCAAUUCAUUUCCUAACUUCGAGGAGUUCCUCUGAAUAAUUCCUCAACAAUUUGAUAAGUUCCUUAAAAAGUUCCUAACUUCCUGUUUCAUUGACCAAUCAGAUUGCUCAAAAAUAAAAUAUAAAAUCUGAUUGGUCAAUAAAACAGGAAGUUAGGAAUUUUUAAGGAACUUAUCAAAUUGUUGAGGAAUUGUUCAGAGGAACUCCUCGAAGUUAGGAAAUGAAUUGAUCAACAUUUUUCGGAACGCUUCUAUUGGCACGACUGUAAUUGUCAAGUUUUUAUUUGUACUGUUGCUAAAGUUGAGUAAAGUUGAAUUUUGGCAUACCUUGAUCUACUGUCUGAACAACCACCUCUCACAGAAAAAAUUCCAUUAAUCGAUUUUUGAAUGUAAAAACUGAAUACAAUUAUUGGUUAUUAUAGAUUUUGUAUAUGGUAAAUUAGUAGAAAACAUGAUGUUUAAUAUUUACCAGGAAAAUACCAUUAAUGGCAAAACAUGGUUUUUUACCAAUAUACCACAUGAAUAAUCCUCCCCUGGGACAGUUUUGCACCUCCCCUGAUAAUUUUUGCACCUCCCCAGAAAAGUCAUGGACCUCCCUUGGGAAAGGUUUGAUGGAAGUUAACGAUAGGAAGUUAAGGAUGCACUUUAUUGCUGUGAUUUAAAUAAACAUAACUUUCGCCUCAAUCACAGCAUUGACAAAUUAAUAAAGGAAUACCGAAUGGUUUUCCGUGCAGGAUUGCGUGAUCCAUGCACGAGGGAUGUCGCGAGACUUUCGGAAAGCGUAAAAAUAACGCUUUCCGAAAGUCGAGCAACAUCCCAAGUAUGGCGUCAAUUCGUCAAAUCUCCGCCAAAAUUCAUGUUCGUAUUUUCAACAUUAAUAUUUGUAUUUUCAACAUCAAUGUUCGCAUUUUCAACAUCAAUAUUUGUAUUUUCAACAUCAAUGUUUGCAUUUUCAACAUCAUUGUUUGUAUUUUCAACAUCAAUGUUUGUAUUUUCAACAUCAAUAUUUAUAUUUUCAACAUCAAUGUUUGCAUUUUCAACAUCAAUGUUUGUAUUUUCAACAUCAAUGUUUGUAUUUUCAACAUCAAUAUUUGUAUUUUCAACAUCAAUGUUCGCAUUUUCAACAUCAAUGUUUGUAUUUUCAACAUCAAUGUUUGCAUUUUCAACGUCAAUGUUCGCAUUUUCACAAUUGCAUUUCCAAUUAAUUUAAAAAUAGGUACGCGCUGCGAACAUGUGGGUAGCUUGCAUUGUUUGCUAAUCGCUAUUGUCAAAUUGUGAAUUUACUGAAAGAAAGUAUUACGUAAAUUGGACACAGUUGAAAUAUUAUAUACACAUUUAAUCACAUACAAUGAUCAGAUAUGACAAAAAUACGUAACCGACUGUGCAUUUUCCAAUAAUUUAUAAGCAUAAACAGAUCUAAGUCAUGAAGUUACAAAGUAUUUUAAUGUGUCCGCAAAAAUAAUUUGCACACACUGAACAGUACAAGAUCUUAUAUGUAUACGAAACAAAAUACUUCACAAACACAAGAAGAGUUCUUGUUCAAGAACCACUGGAAAAAAUUUUGAAAAUCCAUAGAAGGUCAUAGAAUGGAUUUUGGUUAUCCAUAAUAAUUGUAUAUUUCCAUAGUAUGGAUAUAGUAUGGAAGUAGUAUGGAUAUACUAUGGAUUUUGUGCUGCAAUUUCAAAUUUCAUAGUAUGGAUUUCACUUUUUUUCCCAGUGGACAGCAUACAUCAAAGGCUUAGGUUUACAGGCUGCGUAUACAAUUUUCGUGAAGUUUGAAUUUCAAGAAUAGUACAAAGAUCUACGGACGAUGUUUUCCAACGCUGUUCGGCGGAGUUGAAAAGGAUGGACAUAUUCUUUAUUUAGUGAUGAUUAAACAACGACAUAUUCGAUCCCAUAGGUAUUGAUGACAUUCAACUUGCUUUCAAUAUUAGACAAAUAUAUCCCAAAGACUUCGUGCGCUAAUAUUCCACUGACCCUUGUGUAAACCGUGCUUGGCUUUCUAUUUGCCUUAAUUUACACAUUCAACCAGCGCAUUCGAAAAAUAUAAUACAAAUAUAUUACGCACUCAUAUAGUUACACAUUCGACAAAUAUAUUCACAAACCGAGCAGACCUGACCCGAUUUCGAUUUUCAUUUUUAGUGAAUCAAUUUCAAUCUAGAAUCUAGGGGUCUUAAAUAAAAGCCUUAUGGUAUUCCUUCGAUAUAGACUAACUUGGUUUUUUGACUAAGUUUGGUUAAUAUCUAUUAACUGUGGUUUGAUCAAACUGAUAUGUCGUGUUUAAAUAUGAUAUACACGAUAUAAAACAGACCCGGUGCGCUAAUAUUAACCCCAUGAAUGACCCUUGGCCUUGUACAAGCUGUGAUUAUAUAAACAACGACAUAUUCGAUUUUAUAUUUGUUGGAAAUGACUUUCAACCUGAUAAAACAUAUUAAAAUAAAGACUUUACUAUAAAUUACUAAGAAUUUAUAUACAUCUCUAUAUACAGUGUGAACAUAUAUCUUGUGCGUUAUGCACUUCGCCUGUGGUCUAUAGACGGUUCGUAUUUCAAGGAUAAAAGGAACCGCGGUAUUGGGCUAUUGAGUACAUUUAAUACCCGCAACCCCCUACCACCACCCCGCCUGUCAAGGACCUUGAUUUCCAAGGGGGCUAAUCAGUCAAUUUUUCCAGAUGGGUAAUGGGAGAAAAAUGCUGUUUCCAGAUUGAACUUACGUCAUAUUUCGUUUAAAGAGAAUUAGCAUGUUAUUUUUGUUCUCUCAGGAUGGAAACAUUUAUAAUGAAUUAUUGAUGAAGGAUGAUUGAUCAAGACAAACAGCUUAACUCUAUGUUGAGCGUUCCUUUGCAAAGUAUUUAGUCUUUCUGCAAGUUGGAGCAGGGUUGUUCGUGCAGAACCUAAUUCAUUUGGAAUAUGAUUCAUAUUGAUUUCACAGUCGAGAGUGAAAAUGCGAACAUUGACGUUGAAAAUGCCAACAUUGAUGUUGAAAAUACAAACAUUGAUGUUGAAAAUGCGCGAACAUUGAUGUUAAAAAUACAAACAUUGAUGUUUAAAAUGCGAACAUUGAUGUUGAAAAUACAAAUAUUGAUGUUGAAAAUACAAACAUUGAUGUUGAAAAUACGAACAUGAAUUUUGGCGGAGAUUUGACGCCAUACCCAAGUGCAUGGAACACGCUAUCCUGCUUGGAAAACCAUUUGAAACAAAGGCAUUUUAAAUCCUCGUGCAGGAUGGCCUGAUCCUGCACGGCUAUUGACCAAUCAAAUUGCCUGUUUCACUGUAGUUAUAAAUUAUAUAAAUACGAAUUAUUAAAUUGUUAGGAUUUUGAAAUCAAAGCAAACUCGCGCGCGCGAAUCUGACCUCUAUGACAUGCAUGCAUAUACAUCCUUUAGGGUACCAACGAGCAUGGGAAUGCUUUAGUUACUUCGGCUUAAUUUGAAUAAUUAUUUUUAGGCGUGUUUAAUAUUAAAUAAUGUCUUCUUUUCGGUAUUUAGUGCUUGGAUUUGCCGACACAUGGUCUUGAAUGUCAUUGAGAAGUCCUUGAAUUUGACUCUCUGAUAUGUACGAUCCACGUCUCAAAAAUACAUUUCGAGUUAACCGCGUGUAAAUUUGACAAAAGGAAAAUGAAAUUUAUUCGAGUUAGCGGGGUUCGAUUUAAGCGAGUUCGGUUCAACUGUACAUUCACUUCUUGUGUUUAAACCUAGAGCUGCUGCUGAUGUUGUGGCUGGGGUGGUAACAAAAUGCCUGAAUGCCAGACCAAAAACAAAACAAAAAGGCAUCGAUAUUGGUAUGAUGUACCUUGAAAUCGAGAAACAGGAAGCAGUUCAAGAAGAAAUUCUGAAGGGCCUGGAUAAUAAACAACCAAAAAUUGUUGCAGGUUGUGUGACAUUUUUAAGGACAGCCAUAAGGUACUGUAUACAUUAUUAUGUUAUAUACACAGGGUAUGUAGAAAAAGGGAAUCCAGCUUUAAUAUUUUCGCUAUAGCGUUAAAUCUCUUCCAUUCAUCGCAAGAGUCAACUAGCUGAAUCACAAUGCUCAACAGUUUAUUUUAAUUGACUAUAUAAAGUACUUAAGAGGCAGUCUCUGUAAGAACCUCAUGACCUCUUUGGAUCAAGAAAUAGAUUUCUCUCUUACUUGAGAUUACCUUUAUAAGGGUUGUUUCAAAAUGCAUUUUGUUUUCAGUCUAAUUCCAUUUUGGCAAAGUUCCAGGGGGGUCAAGUUGAGGGAUAAAAUUGUGAUUUUUGCUGUUUCUCAAUAGUGGAUUUUUUACUCAUUUUUAAAUCUCUCUACAUCAAACAAAAAUGAUGAUAAAACUAAAUCCUUCCACACAAUAGUAGCUUUAUAUGUCUUAAGUAACAAAGUAUCUACAAUUUUUUCAAAUAUGUUUUCUAAAUAUAGAAAUGACAUCGUUCAUGACAGACUAAAAUAGAGAUUUCCAAGUUUCUUAAAAAUGGGUGAAAUAAAACCCUUAAAAUUCAAAAGUUAGACUUCGCAUGAAUGUAAUAUUUUUUGUAUUGUGAGAUUAAAGGUUGAUCUUACAUAAUGUGAAAUUAAAUAUUGCGGCCUGUAAAUUUUGGGGGUAUUACAGGCCAACAAAACAUCAACAUUUUCGACUUUCGGUAGUUUAGAUCAAAUAAGAAUGUUCACCGUUUACUGUAAACUCUGCUUUCAAAGACCAAGAUUUUACUUAUUAUUUUGACCUAGAACAGUGAUGAACAUUCGUUUGACCUUUACUGUUGUCUAAAGUCUUUUAGGGAAAUGCACUGACACAGGUUUUCCCGUUAUGUACAGGUAUGGACCGUAUUGUAUAAAUAAUAAAAAUUUUCUAGCUGAAUAUAAACAAAACAAGUUAUAGAUUUGCAACAGGCAAAGAUGCCCUUAGUCAAUAAAUUAUCGAACAUCGAUUUACUGUGAAGAUUUAUUUAAAAAGUCAAGAGAAAAGUACUCCAAUAUUAAAUUAACUAUAAAUACAAAGAUAUGCCUCGAACCCCUCAAUGACCCCGAUUGCCAGUAGACUUACUAUUUGACGUUUGUCAGCUGCCAUUAUUCUUUAGUGUCAAGCCCUUUCGAUAUCUUAAUGAUUAUCGUAGACACAGCCUUGUAAAAAAAUCUUGAUUCUUCAUCAACAGCCUAUGCUAGUCAAUUCCUCCGUUGUUUUUACUCCAUUUUGUUAUUGUUAUGGCGGAAGCCGCUGACCAACCAAAUAAUUCGGCUGUCAAACGUUGUAGCCUUGGAAGAUUUUGCCUCCAUCAAACAAAGAUCAUGAUAAACCUACUUCCUUCCACAAAAGAGUAGCUGUAUAUGCCUUAAGUGACAAGGUAUCUAUAAAUUUUUCUGAUAUAUUUUCUAAAUAUAGAAAGGUUUAUAUAUUUAGAAAAAUUACAUUUAGUCUGUUUCAUUCUUGACAGAGCAAAGUUUAACAUUAUUUCCGGACAAAUUUAACCAGAUAUUAGAAAUUUUUAGAAUUGGGAACAAUUUCAUAACUUUUACCAAACAUUGACAAACUUUUGCCAAGUUUGACCUGCAGCUUUGAAAGCAAACAAUUCACGACAUGUUGCACGUGUUUUUGACAGCCGAAUUAUUUGGCUGGUCAGCGGCUUCCGCAAUAACAAUAACAAAAUCGAGUUAUAACAAAGGAGGAUUGACUAGCAUUGCCUGUUGACAAAAGAAUCAAGAUUUUAUACAUAUGAGACUAAAAUAAUCAUUAAGAUAUCGAAAGUGAUUAACCCUGAAGAAUAAUGGCAGCUGACGAAUGUCAAAUAAUAUGUCAACUGACAAUCGGUUCGUUGAUCGAGGCAUAUAUUAUCUUUGUAUAAAUUAUAUUGGGGUAGGUUUUCUCUUGACUUUUUAAAUAAAUCUUCAAAGUAAAUCGAUGUUCGAUAAUUUGUUGACUAACGGACAUCUUUACCCUGUUGCAAUUUAUAACUUGUCUUUGUUUUUGCUAAAAAAUUUUAUUAUUUAUACCAUACGGUCCAUACAUAACGGAAAUGCCUGUGUCAGUGCAUUUCCCUAAAAGACUUUAGACAACAGUAAAGGUCAAACGAAUGUUUAUCACUUUUCUAGGUCAAAAUAAUAAGUAAAAUUUCGGACUUUGAAAGCUGCGUUUGCAGUAAACGGUGAACAUUCUUAUUUGAUCUAAACUACCAAAAGUCGAAAAUGUUGAUGUUUUGUUGGCCUGUAGUACCCCCAAAAUUUACAGGCCGCAAUAUUUAAUUUUACAUUAUGUAAGACCAACCUUUAAUCUUACCCUACAAAUAAUAUUACAUUCGUGGCAAGUCUAACUUUUGAAUUUUAGGGGUUUUAUUUCAACAAUUUUUAAGGAACUUGGAAAUCUCUAUUUUAGUCUUUCAUGAAUGAUGUCAUUUCUAUAUUUAGAAAACAUAUUGGAAAAAUUUGUAGAUAUCUUUUUACUUAAGACAUAUAAAGCUACUAUUGUGUGGAAGGAUUUAGUUUUAUCAUUAUUUUUGUUUGAUGUACAGAGGUUUACAAAUCAGUAAAAAUCCACUAUUGAGAAACAGCAAAAAUCAUAAUUUUAUCCCUCAACUUGACCCCCCUGGAACUUUGCCAAAAUGCAAUAGACUGAAAACAAAAUGCAUUUUGAAACAACCCUUAUAAAGGCAAUCUCGAGUACAAAGUUAGAGAGAAAUCUAUUUCUUGCUCCAAAGAGGUCAUGAUUGAGGUUCUUACAGAGACUGCCUCUUAAGUACGUCGCGCAAUUUCCAAUCCAUCUGAACAAGGUUGGGCGAUAUUUCGAUAUUUUCGUGAUAUUUUCGCUCAAGAUCAUCGUAUCGAAGGUAGAAACACGAGCGACGAUAUAUCGUGAUUAUUGUUAUGGUCGAUGACUAUCGUGAUAUUCUUUGACAUGCGUGGACAUUGUACGAAAUACGAAAACAGUUCUCUCAAUUUCUCGAACAUAUAAAUUUUGCCGUUUUGCUGCGCAGUGUACAGCUAAGGUUUAUGCAAUGAAUGAUGAAACAUUUGUUCUUUAUAAUAACUUAAAAAACUCAUUAAUAAUUCACGAGGAAAAUACAAAAGAAAUCAAUGUUUAUCAAUGUUUGUAAAUCGGAUAAAGAUUUGUCCGGAUUUACAUAAACUUUAGCUUUGGUUUUCUCGGGUUAGAAAACAUUCGCCGAUCUUUAUCUGAUAUAUAAACUCUCGCCUUCGGCUCGAGUUUGUAUAUCAGAUAAAGAUCGGCUGCUCAUGUUUUAUCUAGUACAUAUUAACUGAUAAUCUUAUUAAUUACUAAUGUAGCUUAAUCAGUAUUAUGUUGAUAUGUUUUUACUGCAAUCUAAAAUUUAAAGUGCGGCCAUUGUUUCUAUUGGCAGUAUUGCAUUUAUUUGAGAUAUUAUCGAAAAUCGUGAUAAUUUCCUAGACGAUAAUCAUGAUAUACAGUACUGUAACUUUUUAAAUAUUGCCCAACCCAAAACAUUAGGUAAAUACGUAAUGCAAUAAGGGAUACUAUAUUCAUUGUUUGACAGUGACGUGACGAAAGGACAUCUAAGAUCAGUUAGAUGUAAGUGCUCGCAACGAGCUUUCGAGUUCAUUUUUGUGAUGAUUGGAAAAGAAUCUUUAUAGAUAUUGAGUUUAUCGAUAAAAUUUUUGUACAGCGAUACAUCGGGCUUUUAGCUGAUUUAAAUACUUUUUUUUAUCAUGAUAAGGGAAAAUGACCAAAACAAAUCGAAUAAAAGUUGCUCGUCGAAAUAGCAUUUCUCCACCGUUGAGAAUUGGGUGCAAAACUAUGAAAAACAAUCCAACAUAUGGGAUAAAAAUUAAUUGUUAAUUUAUUGUACGAUCAUCCAGAUUAAAAGCCGUUAAUUUAAUGCCCAUAAAGCCCUUCUUUUUAUUUAAUUGUUUGUAAAUGUUGUCACUUCUGUUUAACAUUUAUUGUAUAGGGGUGCACUUCCCGGAACUGGAAAAAAGUUUCGGCCCGAACCGGAACUAAUUCGUUAAGCGAUUAGCCAUUCCGAAGUUGAUGAGUGGACUGGCGACGAGUGUUAAAAAAUGCCCAAAUUAAGGAAUGAACCCAAUAACUAAAAAGACCACCUCAAAAUUAGUAAGUAUACAAAGUUUGAAGACGUUUACAUGAAUACCCUUCGAAUAAUAAGCUUUCGAAAAUUGUGAAAUUACUGAUUAAAAGAUUGUUUUUGGGACGCGCAUCCCAAAAACAAAAAUUACAAUACAUUUCAUAGUAAAUACUGUACCACAACUUUCGAAAGCUUAUUAUUCGAAGGGUAUUCAUGUAAACAUCUUCAAACUUUGUAUACUUACCAAUUUUGAGGUUGUCUUUUUAGUUAUUGGGUUCAUUUCUUAAUUUGGGCAUUUUUUAACACUCGUCUUCAGUCCUCUCAUCAACUUCGGAAUGGCUAAUUUUUACUUUGUCUGCUGCCAGACAAUCGGACACUUUCAGUCAUCAAGGAGAGAGCUCGCAAAUGUUAGAAUAAAAAGAUCGACUAACGUUAAAAACUUAAACGUCAUAAUGAAGUGUUAAUAGUCUUGUGUAGUCCAAAUUUCUUCCAAUGCUAUUGAAUAAAUAAACGUGAUAUUCUAUCUCACUGAAAACGGCAAAGUUCCUGUUCCGGCCAUGUUUUUUUUACCAGUUCCAGCCGGAACCGGAACUCUGAAAAAUCGGUGCAGUUUUGGUGCACCCCUAUUGCAUAGAAAGACACAGUGAUUAUAAUUGCAAUUUUGAUUUUAAUUUACUACUUUAAGUGUGGAAAGGUGGAAAAUUGUGAUUUCGACAAGUAUUUUUUAAUCGGCUCGUAUUUGGUCAUUUUUGCUUGGAAUGAUAAAAUGUCCAUCAAAUGCUCAAACCCUAAUCUUUGCUACACUUGUAAAAUGGAAACUAAAUAUGUGCAAUCAAUACUGGACGCACAAAAGCUCGCUGUAAAGUUGGAUUUCCUUUUUCAAAACACCCUCUUUAAAAAAUAGAAAACCCUGUCUCUUUUUACACAGACAUUGGGUUGUUAGGGGAACACGAGAGAAACGUGUACACAACUGUAAUAUACGUUGCAAAUAUGCAUGGAUGGCAUAUAUACAAGGGUGUAUAAAAAAAUUAACAAGCUUUCGUGCAACUACCUGAAAAAUAUAAGGGGAAUUUCGACGUUUCGACGAAGGCCCUUCAUUUGGAGUUGGCUAGUAAGUAACUCCAGACAGGGCCGUUCGCUCGAAACGUCGAAAUUCUCUUUUUAUUUUUCAGGUAUAGUUGCACCCCUAUAUACCUACAAAAGCUUGUUAAUAUUAUUGGCACACACUGGCACAGACAGUUCAAGUGUAUAAUCCAACUUUGGAAAUAAUAUAUUAAUACAUUUGAAUUCAAUUGAAUUGAGGCCUUUGGCAUCAUAUGUUAAUACGUUUAGCCAUUUAUACUUUUUUUUAUACCAAUAGGCAAUUCCAGCUUUUAGUUUAUGCCUGCAGGGGAUGAUGGGAAGUAAGGUAUCAUAUUGCCGAUUAUGCUGAAAAAUUUCAAUAAAAACUACCGAAACAACCAAAAUAUUUCAAUAUUUACAGGUAUAAGCUAUCACUCCGAGUUUACACGGCCACCAUUUUUAUUUUUUCAGCAUAAUCACCAAUGCGAUACCUUACUUCCCAUCAUCCCCUGCACGCAUAAACUAAAAGCUGGAAUUGCCAAUUAAUAAAGAUGAGGCUUUUAGCUGUCGAAUGCUACCUUUCUUGUAUCGUUGCGGUCAAAAUAACCAAACUAUACGAUCCGAUUUAAAAAUGCUGCUCGGAAUCGCAUUUUGCCACCGUUGCAUGGGAAUUGUAUGUACAGUUAUUAUCUGAAUGUUGAUAUAUAUUCUCAUUUGGGAUUCAAAUUCAAGUCACUUGGAAUAAAGACGGUGCAACGCAUGCAUUAAGCAUCGAGUUUUUGGUAAAUUUCCACUCGCAAUUUUGCAUCGAUAUUGAGUGGUUGCAUGAAACUGGAUGUUUGCAGAUUGAAAUCGCAAUGCCGUAUGCGUUUCCCAAAUGGGCAACCGACCACUAAAUCAGAUCGUAUUUGGCCCAUUUUUUAUUGCAAUGAUUCAAUAAAGGUCGACAGCUAAAAGCCAGAUCUUUAUAAAUUCACAAACAGAAAUUAUCAAAGUUGCAUGGAGUACCUUUUUUAUACACCCUAACUUGUAGAACAGAAAUGCAUGAACGAACGCAAAUUUCGAGACAUUUUUUUAACUGCAUGUCUGCCAUGCCUGUAGUCCUGAUCCCAACCCUAGCCCUACCUUUUCCAUUCACCGGACCCAUUGGCAGUGUUGUAACGAGUCACCUACUGGUGGAGCCACGAGUCGAGUCACUCAAAGGUCAAGUCACGAGUCGAGUCAUUUCAGUUUUUGAUCGAGUCGAGUCAGUGACUUCACUCGAGUCAAGUCGGGUCACUGGUUUAAGUCGAGUCGAGUCAAUUGCUAGACUUGACUUGAACUACCCUAGCUUGCAGUCGGAAAUUAGUAAUCAAAUUACUUUAGUCAUUUAAUAACAGUAUCUGGGCAGCUAUAGGCUGUGCCAAUAUCACAGUUCUAGUCAAUAUUAAGUACGACCACAUGAGAUGUCUCAUCAUGCCUGCUGAUCGAGUGUACGUACAUACAACUAGCAAAACUUGCAACUGGAGUCAGAAUUAACAAAGAAUGGACUUUAAUUAACAACGCUUUGUAAGUUAAUCGGAAAUUAUAUAGGCCUUCAUAAAUAUCAAAAAUGAAAAUAGCCUGUCAGAAUUAGUAUAAGUACAAAACAUUUUGAGACUCCAUUUUAAAAACUGUGGCACUAGCGUUGUUUCUAAAAACAGAAAUGUAAUAUAGGUAUGUCCGUCCGGAAUAUAUUCUAUGCAAAUCCCAUAUAUUUUCUGAUAAAGUUUCGAAGUUCUCAUUGUUUACAGGGCUCAUUGUUCUUCCCAAGCAAUACAAUCACAAUAAUUGUGAUGAAUUUAUUCUGUACAAGUUGUAGCUGAGUUAACUCGAGUCAUUUACGGCCAAAUCAGCAAGUCGAGUCCGAGUCGAGUCAUUUGGGGCUGUUGACUCGAGUCGAGUCAUUUUUCGUAUUGGACUCGAGUCGAGUCACUGAAAAUAGCGACUCGAGUCCGAGUCAAUGACUCGACUCGUUACAACACUGCCCAUUGGCAUUGUGCUAAUUUUUUGCUUAUUUUGUUGACUUAUAGUGAAUUUGGUGGGAAAAUAUUCGCUCUCAAACCUGUGGUUAAAGUUUUACCUAAACUGUUUGAUCAUAGCGAUAAAAAUGUUCGAGAAGAGGUAACUGUCGUUCAAAUAAACAUCUUAUAGAGAUUCUAGAAGUUUAGGCCUUUUCCACUAAGUUAUACAUUUUGGCGCAGAGAGAUCGAAAAACUAAUAGAAAAUAGGCAAUAUCGUUGGUUAGCAACAGAAUUAGCUCUCAAAAGGUUGAGCUAGCGUCUUUUCGCAGUGAAUUUUAUCGCUAAAGCUUCUUUUCCAUAUAUCGCAAUGAAUGGAAGCUCGCUGCGAACGCUUUCCUAUGUGCCUAUGCAAGAAUUUUUUAUGAUUGAAUUGCAAAGUUCAUUUAAAAAGCGGUCAAACGUAAACUAAUACAAGAUAAUAUACACAGAAUUACUGAACAUUGUCUGACAUAAAUUGCGCGGGAACCACUGAGACUGAGUAUAAUUAAAUACAAUAUAAUAUAGUAACUCCGAAAACGGUAAACCUUUUGAAACUUUCACCGUUUUCGGAGUUAGUAUUGUUUUGUCUGGCCUCUUUACUUCAUAAACGCUCAGCGUUUUUGCCGGUUCAUGUACUAAUCCAAAACGCUUCCGUUUUCAAAAGUCUCCAUUUUCAAAGACGUUUUCCAAAAGCCUCGUUUUCAUUUAUAUAUUAUAGGUAUCUGUUUUCUAUCGUAUUGUAGUGUAGAUGAUCGGGAAAAACGCAUAUGCAAAGUAUCCGUUUCAAGCGGGAAUAGAUUAGUGUGAAUGUGGCCUAAGCCGAGACAUGUAAAGUUUGUAUUUGUGAAUUGAAAAGUGCAUGAAAAGCGGCUGUAAUGCUAUAAGUUGUAACGAGCUAUUUUCAUAAUAUUUCAUGCAAUAAUGUUUUAGUUUUAUUAUGUUGUUGACUCCCUUUUUGUUUUUCACAGACCAAGUUGUUGGCAAUUGAAAUCUAUAAGUGGAUCAAGGAUGCAGUGAAGGCUCAAUUGACAAAUAUUAAACCUGUUCAGGUUGAGUAUACUCUACUUUUCUUGUUAAUAUUUGAAAGACUUCUAUCAUUCGAUAUUAAAGGGAUACGGCAAUAUAUUAUUUUUUUAUUAUUUCAUUUUAAAGAACAUUUAAAAUUAUAUGUAAAUCUCUUUUAACGAUUUUGCGUAACUUUAUUAUUUCUUGAGGUAUUUGAACCAGUGAACUAUAUACAUGGAAGGCUGACUUCAGUCAGUGACGUAAUCAAAAAGUGAAGCCAAAGAUGGCGGAUUUUGAAGGCAUUCUUGCGCGUCAUUCUCAGUCCCCUUACCCGCGCGGCCAAACAUUUUUUAUAUUUUCAUCGCGAGAAGUGAUGGGUCCGCGAUUCUCGGGUUGUGUUUUUCUUCAUUUUAAAAGAGCAAAAACGAAAUAAACUUCAUUUAUUUCAUGUAAACCUGAUUUCCUUCAUCUAAUCGAUCUGUCUACUGCAUUUUCCCACUGUAUGUGUGAGUAAAUUUGUAUUUUUCGUUGCGAAUUCAACAACUAAUUUCAAACUUUGUUUUUUUGAAUAAAUCUGUAUUUUUAUAAAUUGGGAAUUUAUUUCUGCUUUGGUUGUUUCGCUUUCUUGUUUCUAUGGUGCUUUUCAGUUUUCACACCAUUAUUUAGCUUAUUUUAGCCCCGUUUUCCUGACCUAAAACUGCUUUUUAACUGCAGUUUUCGAGGCAGUUUUUAGCCAAUUUAAUUCCAUACAUGUAAGAAAAUUUUGUUUUUUUAAUUUCUAUUUUUAAUAGUAAAAUCACUUUGAUGAUUGCCUUAUAAACUAAAACUGUUUAUUUUAACGAGUUAUUUAUGUGUGUGAAACUCUUGUCGAUAGGGGCAAUAUAGGUAUUUUGAAAGAUUGAGUGACAUUUGUGUUUUGUUUUGUCACUCUUUGUCAUCUACAAAAACAACAAUCCCGCGCUAUUUUGCUUUCUUUCCACUCAAAUAUCGCAUCUUUUAAAUAAAUAAUAUUUAAUUUAGAACUAAACCCAAACAAAACACCAGAAUUCAACUUUUCAUUCAAAUUACGUCUGUUUUUAUCAGAUUUUUACUCGGAAAAAAAAGAAAAAUAUAAAAGUUUAGUUGACCAACUUGACCGCGCACGCAAGGGGACUGAGAAUGACGCGCAAGAAUGCCUUCAAUUUCCGCCAUGUUUGGCUUCACUUUUUGAGCUCGAGUUGAGAUAAAAAUUAAUCCAAGAUGGCGGACAGCAAAUUAUUUUAAGUCAAAAUAUUUCAAGAAAUAAUACAGUUACGCAAAAUCGGUAAAAGAGAUUAACAUAUAGUUUCAAAAGUUGUUUAAAAUGAAAUAAAAAAUAUAUUGCCGACUUUGCCGUAUCCCUUUAACAACUUACUGACUGAGAGUGAGGGAAAUGUCAAACCGAGGUCUUGCUGUAUUGACCGAGCGAUAGCGAGGUUGAAAAUGGAAACAUAGUCAUGCGAAGGCAAAGUGACAUUGGCAAAAUGUCAAUUGUAAAAAUGUUUAUUGAAACGACUCUACAGCACCUUCUAUAUACAGCUAAUUCAAUUAAGGUUGUCCUUCCAAAAACGUAAACCUUAAACUCUGGGCGCGCAAUGGAUGAUGGGUUAUUGCUUACUUAGACUCAUAAACUUUGAGUCUAAACGCAAGAAUACCUAAGACAUAUGGAACACUCACGACAGAAAACAUAUUUGCUGCAAAGGCAAUUCUCUGAGUUUAAGGAUCUAAAAAGUGAAAACCCAUCAACGCACUUGCACGCUCAGAGUUUAAGCUUAGUUUAAGGUUUUGUAAGGACAACCUUAAUUGAAUCACUAUCAGUUGUAUAUCAAGAUUUCGUCGGCAUCUCAUGCACUCGACUGAAUACAUUUAUUAGACCUAACCAGGAACAGAAGCGACAUCGAAUCUGCGGUCCUGCGAUUCCGGUGCAGCGCUCUCACCAACUGAGCUACAAAGGCCAGUUAUCGAGCUGAAAUACAAAUUUUUUAAAGAAUAUUUACGGGUUUUUUUGUCAUUCUUGUUUUGUUUUGUUUUGUUUUGUUUUGUUUUGUUUUGUUUUUGUUUUGUUUUGUUGUGUGGUCAGUUUUGUUUUGUUAUGGUAUAUGCCGGAACAAUUAUUCACCUCACCAUCAAGGAUAUAAAUACUAAUUGACAUUUCCAUAUACAGUACUAAGGAAUAUAUCAAUAGUAUGGAAAUUGUGUGGAUUCACUGUAUGCAUGAUUUGGUGAUGCAAAUAUUUUCAUGGUGUUGGAUUACACUCCUUUCUAUAGCAAUGCGUGUUUUGCAUGCAGAUUCCAGUCCUACUGGUUUGUACUGGCAACUUUUUUAAAAAAAUUCUAUUUUUCUGUUUCAGAUGAAAGAGUUGGAAGAGGAGUGGGGUAAAUUAGAUCCAUCCCCACCUAAACCCACUCGUCUGACGAGAACACAGCAAGAAAAACAAGCACAAGCACCGCAAGUGGAUGAAGCAGCUGGUGGCAGUGAUGCGGGGAUUGCUGAAGAAGGUAGGCAAGAAUUUGUAUAGAAUGAAAGCGAAUAGAUUCCACUAGCCUUCGCGAAAACGGUUACAUUCCAAGAUUCAUAUUUUAUCAGAGCAUGAAAAACGUGGAACAUAACCUUCGCAACAGAGAUAUCGGACUACGUUUUCAUGUCGGGAUUACAACAAUAUUAUUGUGUGCUAAUGUGUGCUUUUAAGGAGGCUCCCUACAGUUCCGUGCGGGAUGUUCGCGGGACAAGUACGUGGACUAUCCCACGCAACUGCAUGAUAAAACAAAACAAAAAUUGACCAUGCUUUUUUUUUAAAUAAAGCUAUUUCUGAAAGGUUUCUAAUGGAAAAAAGCGUUGAACAAUACUUCGUUUUGAGUGCCAAAUCACUUGCGUGUCUAUACAGCAAUUCUACAUAUGAUACGAAUAUCACUAGACCAAAAAAUAGCUACGAAACAAUAUUUUUUAAUUUUUUUUACACUGUCAACUGACUCAACUGUAAAACAUUUGCAAAAUUGCAUACAAACGUUUAAAAAGUUGUUUACUUCUCAAGAAAACGUUCACGUUUUUAGUCGUGUUUCUACAAGAUUAAAGUGAUUAUAUGUAAACAGAAAAAUAUUUCAGUUUCAUAGCCUAAUUGUUCAUUUUUAGCAAAAAGUACAAAACCAAACAUGAAACAAAAAAACACGUCUACCUAUUAAUAGGCUGUUACAGCUCAUAGAUUGAGUAAACGGCAGGAUUCAAUUAGCUUCAACCUUGUUUUCAUUGAUAAUCCUUGGUUGUCCAUAGCACUCAAAUAAAUCGAAAAGUUGACAAAAACAAAACAGUAAAAACAACAUUGUGUACUUUUUACUAGUCAUUUACGUAAUCUUUUACUAGUCAGCGACGCUUUUCAAUAGGGGAAUUUCCCGAGUUACACGAGGCUAUUUUCUAACUUUAUUUGCAUUUUACUCAUUAGUUUCAUCGGUGACCUAUCUUCAAAUUUUGACCACGAAUUUAUUUUGCGGUAAAUUUUAUAAAUUUCAAAUUUUAAAAAAAUGGUAGUGUGGAAAUUUCGCAAUAAAUUUUUCGCUUUUAAAAAAAUCACACACUACAGAAUUUUUUUAAACUUUCACCACAGUUGCAGAGCAUCAUUCCUUAUUGAUAUAUGAAAUAAAAAAGAUAGGUCACCGACAUCGUUUUUGAGAUAGCGGCACAUUUAUGGGUUAAAUUGGAAGGCUUUAUGCUGUCGUCAUGUUGCCAUGGGAACAUUGACAUUGUCGAAAUCUAGUUCGAAAUAUUCCUUAGGUGACCAAUAUUGUCGAAAAGAAUUCGCGUUCUGCACGAAUAAGCCUGUUUUACGGAAUUAUUGCUUAAACAAGAAUAACUGUAGGGAGCUACCUUAAGUUGUUGUUAGUUGUGUGUAACAUCGUCUUGUGAGUCUGUCAUGAAUGCACUGGUCCCUCCUUAAAUGGAAAGGAGGGACAGCAGACAACGCAUCAAGAAACGAAAUACGCCCACUUUUCGCACCUCCCCUUAGCUCCAAUAUAAUUAUUUUGGCGUUGUAAAUAAUUAAGUAACUUUUUAUAGCGCGUAUCGUAUUGUUUUAAAAGUAAAAAUUCAAGUUUACAUUUUACAAGCAAAAAUACAUAGUAUUACAUUAAAUUGUAUUCUAUAAUUAACAUACUAAACUCUUUCAGACAGUAUGAAUAAAAAUACUAGAAGAUUUAAUUAGUAUGACAUAAUUUGACUUUCAAAAAGAUCUGUCAAUCAACUAUAUUAACCAAUCAGAAUUUUGCGUUGUGUAGAUAACGCGUAUUUCGUUUCGUGAUGUGUUGUCUGCAGUCUCCUUUCCUUCUAAGGAGGGACUGCUCGCAAUCUAUGAAUGUACAGUUUCUUGAUUACAAUUUACAGAUAUGUUGAACAAGUAUAAUUUAAUAAUUACAUAAAAUUAUAAAUCCCUGACUCUCUUUAUACUGUGUGAAAGAGAGAACGGAAAUUUAUUCACAUUUGAAUAUCUGAUUGCUUUUCUAAUUUUUAUUUUCAUUAUGCUUGUAAUGAAUACUUAUAAUGUUAGACGUUUGUAUCAAAAUUAAGAAUUUGCUUUAUUCAGUCAAAGUAUCAAACUACAUUAAUUAUUAAUAUUGGACUUAUUAGUAUUUUGAACUACAGUUCUGAGUUGCUGUACAGAACUAUAGUUCUGUGAUGCUGCCUUGAAUUUCGAAACUUAAGUUAGUCUAAGACUGCAUGAUAACGAACUUUGAAUACCUCAAACAUUUGCACCCCUCUGAACCCUUGGUGACCAAGGCAAACACCCCUGUGCACCACUCCCCUACCCGCCCUACCCUAUAAAUCCACCACUGCUGAGCCCAAUUCCCUGUGGUUAUACAUUUAACCACUUAAGACACCUAUGGCUUUCCAUAGUUAUACAUUGUUGUAAAAUGUAAAUGUGGAUAGCGCCGAACUACAUCAUGAACAUUAACUAGUUCGUUUCAUCAUGGAUAAUCCAGAGGAAGAGAUGGAAACGCCUUUGUUUUGUGCAUUGCUAUCUGUAUUACUGCUUGAGAAACAAAAACGUCCGUCCAUAUAAUAAUAAGGAGCUUAAGAUGCACCAAAUCUGCGACGCGGACGCGACGAAAAAACAGUCGGUAAUAAUUGGAGACUAGUUUUACUUUGUUUUUCUCUUGUCCCUCGCUUGGUUUACCAACAACAAUCCAUAGUUUUACCCGUGAAGUGAAACUGUGAUAAUAGCGGAAGUUUCUUGUCAUGUCCGCGUCGUAGAUUUGGUGUAUCUUAAGCUCCCUAAUAUAAGAUGGUUGGACUGCCGCCUGGCUAUAAAUGCAUGAUUCUAACUACAUUCUUUGUUUGUAGAAUCACAGGUUGUGGACGUAGAUCCAUAUGACCUUCUUGAUCCUGUCGAUAUUCUAUCUAAAUUGCCAAAAGACUUUUAUGAAAACAUGGUAAGAAUGAACUAAUAAAUUUAAGCAAGUGAUUAUUCGACCGGUACCAGAUCCCACCGUGUAAAGGGUAUUUGUCCGACACGAUUAUUUUUCUCGUUCUUUUGUCAUGGGAAAA